AUGUCUCUCCUUUCUUCGUUUGCAAUUAUUGUCGUAACAAUGGCAUUUGUGAAUGCUGUCGUAUACUCAAACGAGGAUAAUCGGUUUAUGAAUCAGCAAGGCGUUGGUACUUACGAGAAUUUCCUUAUUGUCCCCUCUGAAAUUGGAAAAUUCAAACGAUCUUUUGGUAUGACGUGUGUAAUGACAAUGUCGGGAUGUUUUACAUCAUCACAAGCCGAACGAUACAGAAGAUACAUGGAGAAUGUGCGAUUCAUUCCAAAACCAUAA